ACUCUCAGGCCUCCAUCUGCACGAUCCGAGGCCGAGAAGCCACCGAGAGAUCGGCCAUCGCUCGUGACAUCGCCCAUCUCAGCCUACACGUCAAGGUGCAGCUGAACUGGUGCCCGGGCCAUGAAGGAGUACAAUGGAACGAAGCAGUGGACCAGCUAGCCAACACCGGCCGGAAGCAGCUCUUCCCCCUGGACCGGGGAGCUGCUAUGAUGGUUCCUCCUUCCUAUGUGAAGCACAUGCUCAAGACCCAGAUGGAGAAGGACACAAGGUCCUGGUGGCUUGACAAGCGAGCCACUCUGGGCACCAGCGUACGGGACUUCCUUUGGGGAUUUUCCCACGCCAGAAGAUUUUUGAAGGCUG